UUGAUUGCUGAUCAUAAGAAGAUGCUUCUGUGGUUCUUUCUGGUUUUGUCCAGUCCAGCUUCCUGUACGGAUCCAGAGACUGACUCAUCUGUGGAAAUUUGCAAUGUUUGCUCCUGUGUGUCGGUGGAGAAUGUACUUUAUGUCAACUGUGAAAAGGUUGCGGUCUACAGACCAAACCAGCUGAAACCACCUUGGUCUAAUUUCUAUCACCUCAAUUUUCAGAACAACCUCCUGAUCAUCCUCUACCCCAAUACAUUUCUGAACUUUACUCAUGCUGUCUCUCUACAGCUAGGUAACAAUAAAUUGCAGAACAUUGAAGGAGGAGCCUUCCUGGGUCUCAGUGCAUUAAAACAGUUGCACUUGAACAACAAUGAAUUAAAGGUCCUCCGAGCUGACACUUUCCUUGGCAUUGAGAACUUGGAGUAUCUCCAAGCUGACUACAAUUUAAUCAAAUAUAUUGAACGGGGUUCCUUCAACAAGCUUCACAAGCUGAAAGUCCUCAUCCUUAAUGACAAUCUGAUUUCUUUCCUUCCUGAUAACAUUUUCCGUUUUGCUUCUCUCACCCACCUGGAUAUACGUGGGAAUAGAAUACAGAAGCUGCCGUAUAUUGGGGUUCUGGAGCACAUUGGACGCAUCGUUGAACUGCAGCUGGAAGACAACCCUUGGAAUUGCACUUGUGACCUCUUGCCACUGAAGGCGUGGCUGGAGAAUAUGCCCUAUAACAUCUACAUUGGAGAAGCCAUUUGUGAGACGCCCAGUGAUUUGUAUGGGAGGCUUUUGAAAGAAACUAACAAGCAAGAGUUGUGUUCCAUGGGGACGGGGAGUGAUUUUGAUGUGCGCAUUCUGCCUCCAUCACAGCUGGAACCUGGUUACAGCACACCGAAUGGCCACACUACACAAACGUCAAUGCACAGAUUGGUCACCAAGCCUCCAAAAACUACAAACCCUUCCAAGAUCUCGGGAAUUGUAGCAGGCAAAUCACUUUCUAACCGGACUCUCAGUCAAAUAGUCUAUUUCCAAACCAGAGCACCUCUGACUCCUUGUCCUCAUCCUUGUGUUUGCAAAACACAUCCUUCAGAUUUGGGAUUAAGUGUCAGUUGUCAAGAGAGAAAUAUCCAGUCAUUGGCUGAACUUGUCCCCAAGCCAUUGAAUGCCAAGAAACUGCACGUGAAUGGCAACUAUAUUAAGGAUGUGGACAUUUCUGAUUUUGCUGAAUUUGAUGGGCUGGAUUUACUCCAUCUAGGUAGUAAUCGGAUUGUUACCAUUAAGGGGGAAGUUUUUCGCAACCUUACAAAUUUACGGAGAUUGUAUCUCAAUGGCAAUCAGAUUGAGCGGUUGAGUCCCGAAAUGUUUGCCGGCCUCCAUAAUCUUCAGUACCUGUAUUUGGAAUACAAUGUAAUCCGGGAAAUUUUAGGAAACACUUUUGACUUGAUGCCAAAUUUGCAGCUCUUGUACUUGAACAACAAUCUCCUGCGAAGUUUGCCAGCCUACAUCUUCGCUGGGGCACCGCUCGCUCGGCUCAACUUGAGGAACAAUCACUUCAUGUACCUGCCCGUGAGUGGCGUCCUUGAUCAGCUGAAAUCCUUGACGCAGAUCGAUUUGGAAGGGAAUCCGUGGGACUGCACAUGUGACUUGGUUGCUCUGAAACUCUGGUUGGAAAAACUGAAUGAAGGCAUUGUGGUGAAGGAGUUAAAGUGUGAGACCCCCGUGCAGUUUGCAAACAUUGAACUGAAGUCACUCAAAAAUGAAAUCUUAUGCCCCAAACUAUUGAACAAGCCAUCUGCUGUCUUCACUAGCCCUGCACCUGCUGUCACGUUCACGACACCGCUGGGCCCCAUUCGGAGUCCUCCAGGUGGUCCGGUCCCAUUGUCGAUCCUCAUCUUAAGCAUCCUGGUCGUGCUCAUUUUAACAGUCUUUGUUGCUUUUUGUCUCCUUGUCUUUGUUCUCCGCCGGAACAAAAAACCAUCCGUGAAGCACGAAGGCCUUGGGAGUCAGGAGUGCAGCUCCAUGCAACUGCAGCUGCGAAAGCACGACCACAUGGCCAACAAAAAGGACACUCUAGGUGCCGAGGCCUUCAUCCCUCAGACCAUUGAGCAGAUGAGCAAAAGCCACUCCUGUGGCUUAAAGGAAACAGAAACUGGCUUCACAUUUGCGGACCCGCUGGGGCAGAAAGUCAUCCUGAGAAAUAACAGUGAGAAGGAUAAAGAUUUAUUGCACAUGGAUAGCAGGAAAAGACUUAGCACAAUUGAUGAACUAGAUGAAUUGUUCCCGGGACGGGAUUCUAACGUCUUUAUUCAGAAUUUUCUCGAAAGUAAAAAGGAAUACAAUAGUAUAGGGGUCAGUGGCUUUGAAAUACGCUACCCAGAGAAACAACAAGACAGGAAAAGCAAGAAAUCCUUAAUAGGUGGCAAUCACAGUAAAAUUGUAGUGGAGCAAAGAAAGAGUGAGUAUUUUGAACUUAAAGCAAAACUUCAGGGCUCUCCAGACUACUUACAAGUCCUUGAAGAGCAAACGGCUUUGAAUAAAAUGUAG